AACAACUGUCAAUAUAAAAAAAAAGCAAAGAUUUGUCAUCGCAUUUUGACGUGAUUUUGACGUAAACGUUCGAUUACGAGUGGGCUUACAUUUUUUUACAAAAAAUGGCGACUGAAGUAGAGGAAACCAUCAAGCGGAUUCAGGCCCAUAAAGGGGUGAUGGGAGUGAUCAUUGUAAACCACGAAGGCAUUCCGAUCAAGAGCUCUUUGGACAAUGCAACAUCAGUACUGUAUUCCGGUCUAAUCGGGCAGCUCACAGAGAAAGCUAAGAACGUUGUCAGGGAGAUGGAUUCCUCAAACGACUUGACAUUCCUGCGCGUGAGGAGUAAGCGCCAUGAGAUCCUGAUUGCUCCAGACCGCGAAUUCAUACUCAUUGUCAUACAAAACACAUCCGACUAAUCUAUCAGUAGUUAUAAGUGUAAAGUGAUGGUCAUAUUUUUUUUUGCUUUAAGUAACUGAUCUCUGUUGUAAACACUUCUUGAAACUGGUGUCAAACACAAAGAAUUGGUCUAUAGCUCUAGUCUAUAUAGGGACUAAAAUCUGACGGCUCCUAUGCUGCCCCCCUGUAGUUCAUGCACAGGGCCUAUAUACAUAAUUUUGAUAUAAAUUCCAUGUCUAGUAGAUAAUGACUUUCAAAAUAGAGAUCAGUUAUAUAAUCCUUACGUGUUAUCAUUUUAAUUAUACUAAUAUUUUCAAACUAGCCAACACUAAGAUAGCUUCACAUUGAUUCAAAAAAUUGAAAGCACCCAGUAAAUAUUGUGACUAGAUCUAACUUCUAAAUGCAUAAUUAUUUUAAGAUUACAAGUAUGUAGAUUUUAAGUUUAACGAAUUAUUUUUAUUUAUUUACCACUUUGAUAAAAAGUUACGAUAUAAGGGCGCGUUUACAUUGUAAUAAUAAUAUAGUAAUUUUUUUUUAAUAAGGUGCGUCCAGAUCUGGAGAAUGCGCAGUUGAGUCUACUGAUUGCUCUUCUCGCUAACUGCUGGCGACCUGGCGUGCUUUGUGUAGUAGGAUGUACAGCGAACGAUUCGUGAAAGGAGCACUAAUGGCGUGAUUGCCAGAUCUGGAUUCGCCUACCUACAGAACAAUCCUAAAAUCAUUUGAAAAUAUUGCGGUAUGUUUGCGCAAGGCACUAACAUUGUAACGACUGUGUUAUUAUAUGAAAAUCUUAAUAAAGCACUUUUAUAUGCAA